UCCAUCCUUCAGAGGCCGUCUUCCUUUACCAGCAUCGACAUGCGAGCUGUUGUGUUGUUGGGUCUGCUGCAUGGAGCCUUUUGUCAGAAUGUGUUCAGCUGGGACAACGGGGCCUCCGACACCCGACAAGUCCAACCCAUUGAGUGUCUUCCGGACCCCACCUCGUGUGGCUGCUGUCUGAUGCAGAAGAAGUUGCAGAGGAUGGAGUGGCUCUUCAACAAGACCGUGGAAGAAAUGAGCAAGAAUCUGACCAAUUCCAAGAUGGCCCUCAACGACAUGAGAGCCAGCCGUAGCGCCUUCUCCGUCGCCCUGGACAGAGCCGACGGCGGCGGCGGCUGCUUCGGCCCGUUCCCCGACGACCGACCCGUCCCCUACCGCCACGUCUUCCUCAACCUGGGCGCCGGCUACAGCGCCGCCACCGGCGGCUUCACCGUCCCCCGCUCCGGCGUCUACAGCCUGGCCGCCACCGUCUACUCUGCCUACGGCGCCCUGGGGACCGGAGCGUACCUGGCGGUCAACGGCCUGGCGGCGAGCGCGCUGCGCGAGAGGGAGAGCCGGGACCGCGAGGACAGCGCCACCCUGGUGGUGUCGGUGAAGCUGAAGGCCGGGGACAGAGUGGCGGUCGUCCUGCCCAAGGGGUUCGUCGUGUGCGACGACUCGAGCCACCUCAACACCUUCACGGGCUUCCUGCUGUACCCGUGCUGA